AUGCCGCACGCACCGACCAAGUACGCCGUGGCGCUAUACCCCGGAUUCCAGGCGCUGGACGUCUUUGGGCCGCUGGAUAUUCUCAACAUCAUGGCCAAGUCGAUGCCGGCCCUCGAGCUGUCGGUGCUGGGCCCAACGCUCGACCCCGUCUCGACCCUCUGCAAGGCAUCGACCGGUCGUGUCGGGCAGAGCGUAGUGCCAACACACACGUACAAUGACGCACCGUCGGACAUUGAGGUGCUCAUCGUGCCAGGCGGGAUUGGCGCCCGGAGCGUGGAGGAUACCCGUGUCGUGGUGGAGUACAUUCAGCGUGCGUACCCGACGCUGCGAUAUUUCCUGACGGUGUGCACGGGGAGCGCCAUUGCCGCACGGGCGGGUUUGCUCGACGGCAAGAGGGCGACGUCGAACAAGAUGGCCUUUGCGUGGGUGGUCACGCAGGGCCCGAGCGUGGAAUGGGUCAAGGAGGCUCGUUGGGUCGUGGAUGGCAAUGUCUGGACGUCCUCGGGGAUAUCGGCGGGCAUGGACAUGAUGUACGCCUUUGUGGAGGAGCAGCACGGGUCCGAUGUCGCCGAGGGGGUCUCUCGCGGGGCGGAAUACGUCCGUAGCCGGGAUCCUCUGGUGGACCCGUUUGCGCAGUACGCAGGAACGCCUCUUUUGGGGCACCAACAAGACGCCAGCAAGGCUGUGCACGACCACCGUCGACAGACGACACACAUCUACAAUGUCGACAGCGAAGACCAGGCGAGCAGCCACCACCACGACGCACCAUCGCCGCCCCCCCUGUCCGCUGGCGUCGCCCGCAUGGCCGCCGUCUCGUCGACGCUGACAGCCUCGCAACGCGCCGUCCUCCUCUUCAGCAUCUUCCUCGUCGGCUACGCCUACGGCCUCGAGUCGCAGGUCCGCUCCACCUACCAGCCGUACGCCACGGCCAGCUUCCACCUACACUCGUACCUGGCCACCAUCAACGUCUUCCGCAGCGUGGUCGCUGUCGCGGCGCAGCCCACGGCCGCCAAGAUCGCCGACGUCUUGGGCCGCUUCGAGGUCGUCGUCCUCGCUACGGUCCUCUACACGGCCGGCAUCACCAUCGAGUCCACCGCGGGCUCCGUCGAGGUCUUUUGCGCCGGCGCCAUUAUCUACCAGGUCGGCUACACGUGCAUCGUCCUGCUCCUGGAGGUCCUCAUUGCCGACUUUUCGUCCCUGCGUGCCCGCGUCUUCUUCAGCUACAUCCCGGCCCUGCCCUUUGUCGUCAACACCUGGAUCAGCGGCAACGUGACGUCCGCCGUGCUCCGCGUGACAACGUGGCGGUGGGGGCUCGGCAUGUGGGCCAUCAUCUACCCCGUCGCGUCCCUGCCGCUCCUCUGGUCGCUGUACACCAUGGAGCGCAGGGCGCGCAAGCACAUGGCAUCUCUGGCCGACGCAGGCGCGGAUAAGGAGAGGGGCGCGCGAGAGGUGGCCCGCACCUUGUAUCAUCAGCUCGACGUCGUUGGCCUCGUGCUGGUCAUCUCCUCGUUCUCGCUGGUCCUUGCGCCGCUGACCAUUACGGGCCAAAAGGUCGGCCACUGGCGGGACCCUCACAUUGUCGUGCCGCUGACGAUCGGCCUCAUGUUGGCCGCGGCCUUUGUCGUCUGGGAGCAAAAGGGCGCCAGCGUGCCUCUGGUGCCUCUCGCCCUCCUCGCGGACCGGGGCGUCUGGGCUGCGCUCGCGGUGCGCAGCCUGCUCAACUUUGCGUGGUACACGCAGGGCAACUACCUGUACACGGUCCUCGUCGUGGCAUUUGACUUUCCCAUUGCCACCGCCACCCGCAUCCUGUCCUUCUUCUCCUUCUUUGGCGUCCUGAGCGGCGUCGUCACGGGGAUCAUUAUUUAUAGGGUGCGGCGUCUCAAGUACAUCAUUGUGCUCGGGACCUGCAUCUUCAUGCUGGCCUUUGCGGUACUAAUCCGGUUCAACGGUGGGGCGUCCGUGGCAUCGCAAAGGGGCCUCAUUACCGGGCAGGUCAUCAUGGGCAUGGCGGGCGGUCUGUUUGCGUACCCGACCCAGGCGUCCAUCCAGGCGUCGGCGUCCAAGGAGCACGUGGCCAUCCUGACGGGUUUGUACCUGUCCUUCUACAAUGUCGGGAGUGCCUUUGGCACGAGUCUGUCGGGCGCCAUCUGGACGCAGACGCUGCCGACCAUGCUGCGGUCGAACCUGGCCUUUCAGCCGAAUGUGACCCUGGCCGACGACAUCUACAAGUCACCAUUUGCCAUUGUCGCAGAGUAUCCCGUGGGGACGGAGAUUCGAUCGGCCAUCAUCGAGAGCUAUGCGGGCACGCACCGUCUCCUGUGCAUGGCAGGUAUGGUGAUCUGCGUGCCCAUGAUUGUGUUUGCGCUGGCGCUGCGGAAUCCAAGGCUGUCCGAGGAGCCGGUGCAGCCAGAGGCCGAGCGGGACUUGGAGAUUGAUGAGCAGCGCUUGCUUGGAUAG